AUGGCACUGAUCAUGCCCAGUAGUGGGGUCUCAUCUGCCACUUCAUCUGCCACGAAGAAGUCUGAAGACAGCAAGACUAAACUGAAAAUCAAAAAGAAAAAUAAGGACUUCAAUAACAGUUUGAAUGUGGCAUGCCUGAAGCGGUUGCUCCCGAUUGGCCUGAAUCUGUUUGGCGGAAGGGAGCAAGAGCUUGUACAAGAAGCCAAGCAGAAGUACAUGGAGGAGUCGGAUAUUGACAUCGAGGAAUAUUUGAAGAUCGCUCUCACAGCAGAUGAAAAGCCGCAGAGUGAUGAGAAACAAAGAUGGCAGCAGGUGUUGUACAAGAAGAUCGGCCAAUCAAAACAUGACAAUGCCCCGGAACUGACUCUAGACCAAGUUGUUGAGAGGGUGCUUUCUAUGGCCAAGACUCUCUAUGGACUACAUUGUGUGGAGCACCCGCCACAUUCCCAGAAGGCCAUGUGGAAGAAGCUGGUGUCUACACAGAGGAAGAAGGCCGUCAUGGCCUGCUUCAGAAUGGUACCGCUGCAUAACCUACCACGCCACAAAGGUAUCAACAUGCUCAUCUCCUGCUACUAUGACAUGUGGCUCGUAAAGGAGGAGACCCACCCCGAAAUCCUCAUCUUAGAUACCACAGAACAAAGUGAAGGAGAUGAGGAUGAGAUGGAAAAGAAGGAUGACGAGAGUGAGAAACCGGACUCUCUGAAACAACUGAUGACAGCAUUCAGUCGUGGUGCCUCAUCAGAAGAAGACUUUCUCUUCAUGGCCUAUGCUGAUAUCAUGAGCAAGAGUUGCAGUGGAGAAGAUGAAGAUGAUGAUGAUGACGAAGGUGAUGGUGAAGAUGCUAGUGCAUCAAUACAGGAACAAGAAAUGGAGAAGCAGAAGCUGUUGUUUGAGCAGUCUAGACUGGCAGACAGAGGAGCAGCUGAGAUGGUGUUACUGUAUAUAAGCACUAGCAAGGGUCAGUUUACACCAAUGGUGAUCAAGACCAUUGACCUUGGGAUCUCCCUUCUACGUGGUGGAAAUGUGGAUGUACAAAAGAAAAUGUUGACGUACAUGAGAGAGAAAAAGGAAGUUGGUUUCUUCACAUCUGUUGCAGGACUGAUCCAAGGCUGCAGUGUCUUGGACUUGGAUGCAUUUGAGCGUUGUAACAAGGCCGAGGGGUUGGGUGUGACCAGCGAAGGCUCAGCUGGUGUGAAGAACCUCCACGAUGCAGAACUCACGUGUAAACUGUUUAGGUUCCUUCAGCUGCUCUGUGAGGGUCACAACCUCGAGUUCCAGAACUACUUACGUACCCAGGCUGGCAAUACAACCACAGUUAACAUUAUCAUCUGUACAGUUGACUACCUUCUCAGGCUACAGGAGUCAAUAAUGGACUUUUACUGGCACUACUCUGGCAAGGACACCAUAGAUCAAGCAGGGAAGGAGAACUUCAUCCGUGCGAUCAUGGUGGCUAAACAAGUCUUUACCACACUUACAGAAGACAUUCAGGGUCCUUGUUCAGGAAAUCAGCAAGCUCUGGCUCACAGUAGGCUCUGGGAUGCUGUUGGAGGAUUCCUGUUCAUCUUUGCACACAUGCAGGACAAGCUAUCUAGGGACCCUGAUCAGCUAGACCUGUUGCGAGAAUUCAUGAAACUUCAGAAAGAGAUGAUGAUCAUGUUGCUCUCCAUGCUUGAAGGAAAUGUCAUGAAUGGUACCAUUGGAAAGCAGCUGGUAGAUACUCUGGUGGAAUCAUCUGCCAACGUUGAGAUGAUUCUGAAGUUCUUUGACAUCUUCUUGAAGAUGAAAGACAUGACAACGUCAGAGGCAUUCCUGGAGUUCGAUGAAAAUAAGGAUGGCACAGUUUCACAUAAAGAAUUUAAAACUGCGCUAGAAGCACAGAAAAAUAUGUACACUGAUGAGGAGAUUGAAUACAUCAUGAUGUGUGUUGAUGCCAAUCAGGAUGGCAGAGUGGACUUUGAGGAGUUUACAGACAGGUUCCAUAACCCUGCUAAAGACAUUGGCUUCAACAUUGCUGUGCUCCUGACCAACCUGUCUGAGCACAUGCCCAAUGACCCAAGACUUGAAAGAUUCUUAGAGAAAGCUAGAUGUGUUCUAGACUACUUUGAGCCAUACUUGGGUCGUAUAGAGAUCAUGGGCAGUGCCAACAGGAUAGAGAGAGUCUACUUUGAGAUAAAACAGUCCCACAUAGACCAGUGGGAGAAACCACAAAUCAAGGACUCCAAGAGAUCUUUCCUACACAAUGUAGUCAAUGAAGAUGGAGAUAAAGAGAAGUUGGAAUCAUUUGUCAACUUCUGUGAGGACACCAUAUUUGAAAUGCAGCAUGCUAACAGCAUUAGUGCCGAGGAACAGUCUAUAAGGAUGAUGCAGGCCACCCAAGCUGCCGCAGCAAGUGGCUCAUCCAGUUCACCAACAGACAUCAUCUUUUCCAUAUUUGGCUUUGUAAAGGAUGGCAUCGGCUCCUUGUUAUCUUACCUCUCUUGGACCAAUCUUAAGGAGACUUACACAACCUUAAGGGGCAUGACAUUCUUGGAACUCUUUGUCGGCUUUUUCAAGCUGAACUUCAGAGUUGCCUUUGCAAUUCUUUGCCUGAUCUUCCAUAUCAUUUGGACAUUUGGCCAGUUCGUUCUUAACAUGAUGAUGGGCGACAAGAGUGUAGAUGAAAUGAAGCGUCCGCCAUUGACGCAUCCGGCCCUAAUGCCGGGGGAGAAUCGCCUGGCACUGGAGGGCCUCAGUGAGGGUGAACUGAAAUCACUGGAAGACCAUGAUGUCUCUGCCAGUGGUAAGGAGAUCAAUGCUUUUGGACUACAGAUAAAGAAAGAGGAGAUUGACGGGCAGACUGAGUACACUGUGAUUGGACCAGCCAGGGACCUUGUAUCUGGUGGACACAGUAGUAUGGAUUACUCUGAUGGUGGUGUAAUUCAUCCUCAUGGUAGCAAAGAGCAGACAGCAGCAACCCUCGGUGUCUCAGCUCCUGAUAUUUCUGCUGACCCAUCAAGUCAACCAAUGACCGAGGUGAAUGGUAAAGCUGCUCUGAAUGGUUCAGCUCCCAGUGAGGAGGCCCCAACAGAGGAAGAACCAGCCGAAGAGGUUCCUGAAGGGAAACCAUUUGACUAUGGAAAAUUCAUACUGAGUAUCUUUGCCAGGAAUUUCUACAACUUCAAGUUGCUGGCCCUCAGUUUGGCCUUUGUCAUCAACUUCAUCCUGCUCUUCUUCAAAGUGACCAAGCUUGAGAUGGAGGGAGGCGAAGGUGCCGAAGGUGCUGAAGCUGAUGGGGAGGCUGAUCCUGAUGAGUUCAUUGAAAUGUCUGAUACAACCGCAUACUUUGUGCCUAUAUUGCGAAUGCUGGCAAUUCUCCAUUCUUUGACGGGAUUCUCCAUGUUGGUGGCCUACUAUUGUCUCAAGGUACCUUUAGUCAUCUUCAAGCGUGAGAAAGAAAUCUCUAGAAAUCUGGAGUUUGAUGGCAUGUGGAUCGUAGAACAACCCAGCGACGAUGACAUCAGAGGACAUUGGGAUAAACUCGUACUUAGCACUAAGUCAUUCCCUGACAGCUACUGGGACAAGUUUGUCAAAAAGAAGGUGCGCAACAAGUAUGCAGAGCAGUACGACUAUGAUGAAAUCAGUAACCUGCUAGGAAUGGAGAAGGGAGAUUCCAUGAAGUUUGACGAGAAGAAAGUAGAAGAACCAACCAAGAAUGUCUUCCUUCCAGCCUGGUUCACGGAAAUAGAUUUCCAAUACCAAAUAUGGAAAUGGGGAGUCAUUCUGACUGACAACUCGUUCAUAUACAUCUGUUUCUAUUACUUCCUGUUCUCGUUGCUGGGCAACAUCAACUAUUUUUUCUUCGCUGCACAUUUACUCGAUGUGGCUAUAAGCGUGAAAACUCUGCAGACCAUCUUGCAGUCUGUAACUCACAAUGGGAAGCAGCUGAUCUUGACUGUCAUGUUGACAAGUGUCGUUGUGUAUGUCUACACCGUUGUUGCUUUCAACUUCUUCCGAAAGUUUUACAUCAAAGAGGGAGAAGAAGGUGGAGAACCAGAUUACAAAUGUCAUGACAUGCUCACAUGUUUUGUGUUCCACCUGUAUGCUGGUGUAAGAGCAGGAGGAGGUAUUGGUGAUGAGCUUGAGGCACCAGAUGGGGACCCUAUGGAGGUCUAUCGUAUCCUCUUUGACAUCACUUUCUUCUUCUUUGUCAUCAUUAUCCUUCUUGCCAUCAUUCAGGGUCUAAUCAUUGAUGCAUUUGGUGAACUGAGAGAUCAACUGCAACAAGUCACUGAAGACAUGGAGUCCAAAUGCUUCAUAUGUGGUAUAGGGAAGGAGUACUUUGAAAAAGUUCCGCAUGGGUUUGAAGUUCAUGUUACGAAUGAACACAACUUUGCAAAUUACAUGUUUUUCUUGAUGCAUUUGAUCAAUAAGCCUGACACAGAGUAUACAGGACAGGAAACAUAUGUUUGGGAGUUAUACCAACAAAGAGACUGGAAUUUUUUCCCAAUUGGUGACUGUUUCCGUAAGCAAUACGAGAGUGAAUUAGAAGGUAGUUAGUACAAGUACAACUUAAGGCAACUACAAUGUGCAGUAGUAAAAUUCCAUGGAAUUAUUCACCAAUGAGCAACAGUUUUAUCCUGAUCACAGCAAAAUAGGUUGUGAACUAUAUCGAGCAAUAGUAUUAUCAUGAUUCAUGAUGGAAUAAAAUCUGCAAUGCACUAAUGUUUCCAUGGAAAUUUAAUGGAUGUGAAAUGGUUGAAUGGAGCUGUGGGCUUCUUGGAAUGAUAUCCAUGAGUUUAUUAUGGGCUCAAUGUAUAUAUCAUAGGAUGGAUAUCACCAUAUUUGGACACUUAUGCCACAAGAGAUUAUUGUUCAACAGUAUUGUCACUAAGUAAUGCAAUACCUGCCAGUCUAAAAAAUGCAAUAAGUUCAUGAAUAUGAUAUGCAGACAUUUUUAAAUGUAUCUUAUGUUUAGUAUUGUAAUUCAAAUUACUAUAAAUGUGAACAUGUACUUGGAUAUAAAAAAUUGAAAAAAAUUAACUUGAGGAGUUGAGGACCAUUUAAUGGUACUUAAUGUCUGUAUGCAGAUAAUUGGAUGUAUGACAGUGUAGGAUCUCACCUAACUGCUGACUCGAGCAAUUUAGAGUUCUACAUACUAGAAUUGGAGUAAAUGAUAAGUAUCAAACUAGCAAUUCUCUGGCUGGCCAGGUGGUAGAUUGGUGGCCAAUUUAUUAACAAAUUGUAAAAAUGUAUAUAAUUUAUUCUGUCAUUGAUUUAACUGGAUCUUAGAUCCCUAAUUUUAAACAUAGUGUAAUAGUAUUGGUAGUUCUGCUUUGUAGUCGAUUCACAAAAUACUGCUGAUGUACAUCUAUAUUUCAUGUUGAUUAGAUCUGAUAUCCAGACAAGAAUCUCCGAUUUGGAAAAUUUUGCGGUACAUUCGGAUUUUGCUGUACUCAAAAUUUUCUAGUCAAUGUUAUAUAUCAAUGUAUCACAUUAUUUUACCAUUGAGCAAUCUCCUUUUUUACCAUUGAGCAAUCUCCUCUUUACCAUUUAAUUAACCAGCCCUUUGUUUACCAUUGAGUUUAUAUCCUUUGUUUACAUCCUUUGUUUACAUGCACAUUUUAAUGCUAUUCCUAUUUUUGUUAAUGCUGGAGCUAAUAAUAUUCCAAUAGAUUGGAUCGUUUAAUUAAGGAAUAACUUUUGAUAUAUAGAUGGGUUUCUUGUAUGAUUGUAGGGUGUUAGUAUUUUUAUGAAUAACAAAAUGUUUUCAUAAUUUGUACAUGUAAGUAUAUUGAAUUAAUUCAUAGAAUUGUAGUAAUUUAAGUACUUUACUUGGAUACCAUAGUAACCCUGGUCACUAUAGUAACCAUUUUAGCUGCUAUGGUAACCAUUUUUAGAAAAUUACCAUGACAGUAGGAGACUGACUGGUGCUAACAUAUUUCUAUAGAUACUUGUAUAUAAUUGUUGCCCCUCCAUAUAUCUGGUGGAAUAAAAUGUUAAAUGUUUAUCUUUUACAAUAUUGAUAGAGCUUGAUUUAAAGAUUUAUGUAUUGUGUACAUUUACUUCUAAGUAACUUAAAAUGGAUUGUUGUUGCUAUUAAUGUUAUUGAUUUAGAAAAAUUAUAUAACAUAUGUGUUCGGCAGUGCACUACUGUAAAUACUUUUUGAGGCCUAACAUAUAUGCCUAGACUCGUUCUGUUUUCAAUAUAACACAAUUUGUUAUUAUUUCCAUAAGCUAACUUAUGCUAAUUCAUUUUUAUUUGGAUAUUUAUGUUAUUGGGGUAUUUUAUCGCCUAGCUAUACCUUCUCUGUGAUAAAACACAUGUAUACAAAUAUGGAUAAGUAAAGAAGUAUCGCACAUUGUUUUUGAAAGAAAUGAGGUUUUCAUGUUGUGAUCACAAAGUCUUCCAAUUUCUUUUUCUAUAUACAUGUAUGGUUAAACAAAAGUUCAGUGAGUGUAUCAAAUGUUAUAUUUCUACCAUUAUUUAUUAACCAUGUGUGCGAUGUUUUUGUGAUGUGUUGAAAAUAUAUUGGAAAAAUCCAAACCACACUUAAA